AUGACCGACGUCGUGUCCGAAAACCAGGCUUAUUUUGGCAAGAUCGCCACCGAAUAUGACCAGCGCAAUGCGGAUGCGAUCGUGCAGCUAGAGCGCGGCAUCCAAGAGAGGAUUCCAUUCAUUAGCGUCAAGCAAGAUGCCAGGUUGCUGGACUACGCUUGUGGCACCGGCAUGCUUUCGAGGGUCUUAGCACAGCAUACGAGUGAGGCUAUAGGCAUUGACUUGUCGGAGGAAAUGGUUGGGGUAUACAACGCCCAGGCUCAAAGCCAGGGCUCUUCCCGCCAAGCCUAUCAAGGCAAUCUGGCUGAUCCUAAGGACCCCUCCCCUACAGCCUUUGCUGAUAGCAAGUUCUUCGGAUUCGACGUUGCAGGCGUGGGGCUCGGAUUCCACCACUUCGACAAGCCCGAUCUAGCAUCCAAGCAAUUGGCCGAGCGCCUCAACCCAGGCGGUGUCCUCUUCAUCAUUGACUUUGUUGCCCACAAGAUAGACCCCAAGGAUGCCGCUCUGCGUGGUAUAACACAUCAUGGGUUUACCGAGGACGAGAUCAAGAAGAUGUUUGAGGAUGCUGGACUUACAGACUUUGCUUACCAAGAGCUCCCGGAACCCAUCACAUUCAAGGAUUGUCACAGCCACGAUCAUGGCCACGAACACGGUCAUGGUCAUGGUCAUAAUCACGAGCACAACGAGGACAAUCACAGCGGCAGUGGGGAACAUGUUCAUGGCCAUGGAAAGAAAAAGGGCUCAUCUACGACUAAGAGGAUAUUUAUUGCCAGAGCGUCCAAACCAUAA